CCCUCUGUCUCUCCAUUUCAAACUGCUGAAGAUGUGCAGCGUGGCACUGCCUGAAGUGAUGACAUCUGGCGGCAGGCCAGCUGCAGAAACGAGCUGCUCCUCCCCGAGCCCAAGUGCAAGAGGCCAAGCAUUCCUAUUAAAAAGGGGGAAACCGAGGUGAAAACUGGGGAGAGCUGCAAAGCGGGACUCCUGCCCGAGGGAAUGCGAGACCUGCGGGCUGCAGCAGGGGAGAGGUGCCUGCGGGAAGGGGCGGCACUGCCCGAGGACGGACGGGAGCAGGUAGAGCAUCUUGGAGGGGUGACAGCCCACCGGGCUUCCUCUUCGGCGUCGGGGUAUCCCGAGGUUACCUAAAAGCAGGCACCGAGGGUUUUAGGUAAAUAAGGAACGAUUCAGUUUGUGCGAGGAGAGGUUCGUGCACUGGCAGGACAGAAAUUAUAUCCCCGCAGCACACACGCGCUAAGUCUCUCCGAAGUUCCAGCAAAUUCUCUCCUCUCCUCACAUUUCACCAGCCCAAGACGUUUUGUUCUGGACAAAAAAAACACAUAAAACAACUCGUUUAAAUAAGCCGUUCCCCCAAGCGGUGGGUUUUCAUCCUGAAAAGGAUGACCAGAGAUGGAGCUCAGAGUGGCCACCGUGAGGGCCCUGCUGCCUGCACAGAUGGAGCACUGGGGAUGCUCAGCUCCUGCCAUGGGAGGAAGGAUGUCCAAACCCCACGGGACACACGCAUCCGCCAAGCCAAGCUUUGCAUCCUUAAGUAGCCUAGAGGUGCCACCCUGACAGAUGAACUACUUUCCCCUAUUGGGGACAAAAAGGCCAUCACAAAAAUGGAACAUCACAAAAAAUGGAACGAAAAAAGGACAUCACAAAAAAUGGAACGAAUGGAUCCUGAAGUCCACCCAGAUUCCUCCUGCAGCCUCCAGAAAUGCUGGCCCAGGAGGGACAGUUCCCCGGGCAGAGGUCAGCAGCACGCCGUGACCUCUGGCGCCUUCUUCUUCCAGCAUUUCCACCUCGCUGCCCACUUCCCUGUUCAACAACCGCUCUGUCCGCACGCCUGCGAUGGCACAACAACCCAACACAUCCGCACGGAGAUUCGCUCCCGUUCCGACACAGCCAAACCCACCCACACAACCCCUUCCUACACGGAUUUCCCCCUCGAUCUCACACGACCAGGCCUCCUGCACACUCAGCAGGUACUACAGACUGCACCACGCUACCCAAAACGCGCCGUGUCCGUCCCUGCAAGAUGUGAUCCCGAGCAUCACGCGAGGGCAACAUGGGGAAGGCGGCGAGGAUGCUCGUGCCUAAGAGCCUGCAGCUGCGGUUGUGAAAACGAGCAACUUCUGAGCAAAGCAGCUAAGUGCCAAUCCCAUUUUUUGUCCAUGAAGACGGGUGCUGAACUAAAAAGCAUUGCUGGGACUAAAGGGAGCUACCAGGAUGCGUUGGCAGUGGGUACGAGUUCGGGAAGCAUCUGGAUGAGUUACGAGAGGAAGCCCAAGUUCCAGCAGGGACUUCAGCACCCAAAGCGUGGCACAUCCCUGGCGGCUGGUAGCUCAGUGUCAGUUGCAGAAAGGAACAUCAUCACUGCUUGGGGAAGCUCUGCUUGGUGCUCACCUCAAGUGAAACAUCACCCAUGGGCCGGACCCGAGGUGAAGUGGCAAACUCCUUCUUCUUCAAUUCAUAGCCAUGAAUCUUGUUCCUUCAACAACAGCGAGUGCUGUCACAAGCAUUGCAUCAUCUAUGCUUAAGAUAAAUACAAAACAACACUAACUAAAAACUAAAACCAAACCAAAACUAACUAAAACAAAAUGUAACUCCAGCUCAGAAGCUGAGCAGACCAGGCACAGGCAAUAAUUUCAACAAAAUAACUAGAAAUAUAUAACAUUGUCUCUAUUCACAUAUAAACUUACCAAAUAUUUGUUACUUGGCAGAUAAAACACUUGGUGUGAAAUGCUAGUAUGCAAAAUGUUAGGGCAAAUUUUCUUAAUUUCAAAAAAUUAUGGGGUUCACCUUAUUUUAAAGAAAUUAAAGGCAAAUGUGCUAUGGGUAUAAAAUGAUUAAAUUAUCUGGAUUAAAUAUCCAGCCUUUUUAAUAUCCCCCACACAUACAGUUAGACCAGCAGCACGCACUUACUAAUGUAAGGUUGGGAAGAAUGGCAGUGCUUCCCCGUGACCCUUCGCUCAGUGCCCCCGUCACCCUAAGGGACAUGGGUGGCCUGGGGCUGAGGCGCUGGCCCGAAGUUCUGGGUACCGGGGGCUUGUUCUCAUCCUGCAGCUAAGGCUUCCUGUGGGACCCGGGUCAGUCCCCCAGCCUCGUGUACCUCUGUUGCCAAUCUCUGAGAAGGAAAUUGCUUUUCCUUAUGGCACAACGCGUUGUGGGGAUACGUUCAUUAAUGUCUGGGAAGCUCCUCGGCCUCAAUGACAGCACGGAAAGAAAGCGAUAAACGGGAGCACGGCGCUGCCUUCUCCUUCUGGCCGGGGACGGGGCACCACGAUGACACCGCGGGGCUGCGGUUCCAGCGCGUGGGGGCGUUGGGCUCGCUCUCCAUCCUCGCCCAGGCUCGGCCCAGCACCGCGCCACGGCUUCGUCAUCUGCAAAAACAACGCGAGGUCCGGCCGCGCGCAGAGCGGUGGCGAGCAGGCUGCGAGCUCAAUGACAGAGGUCACCUUCCGUCUCCCGUAGAGACAGAGUAGAUCCCCAUCUGGUAUUUGGGCUGACCACUCCCUGCAUUCCACCCAGUCGGCUGCUCUGGCACGUUUCCCAGGAUGCGGAUCUUUCUUAUUCAGGAUAACAAUGAGGGGUUAUUAAUUGGGCCUUUUUUCAGGUUUCCUGAGGUCCUUCCAAUGGCCGCGCUGGUGGAUACUGCAGCCGUCCUCUUCUUCAUAGGGGAGGUUUUCAGCGUUCCUCUUGGAGAAGACAAAGCAGAAGCAGUGCCACGACACAGGGCCCCCCCUCCGAAGCUAUGGCACGGGCAGAGCUGAACAAUCAUGCUGAGGACUGAGUUUCGUGACCAAGUGCCAUGUCAGAGUGGUCCACCAGGCAAAGCACGAGGCAAAAAAGGCAACCGCGAGUCCCAGGGCCCUCCGGCAUGACCAGAAGUACCAGAAGCACCACAUUAAGCCUUGCAGCACCGCAAAGAUUGCCUGAGGCGAGGCCACGCUUCAUGCCCGGGGAACGGCUUGGCCAGCCGGAGCAGCCUUUCCAUUUCCUCAGGGUUUCUCUGGGUAGCAAUAAGAGAUGGCUCAUUGGGAGGAGAUCCAGCAUUAAUGGCGUUUUAAUGAGGCCUUUCAAUAUACUUACAGGCUAAUCAGCAAAUUCCAAGAGGUCUCAGCUCUAAUAUGUCAUUCUGAGUGCACUACAGGCGCGGUGAGUACCUCUUUUAUGGCUGUAGCCACGUGUUGUCUGAGCCUGAAGUCCUGCCAAGCCGUGGCAGGCUCUGUGCCGUCAGGGUGCCCGAAGCGGGGCCAACCUGCCUCAGCACCCAAAGGAACCGAAGGCUGCACGUGGCGUGCACCCAGCUGGGGCCUCGCGGGCCGGCUCCUGCCAGGAGGUGCCGCCGAGCAGACUCGGUGUCCUGACCCUCUCUUCCCACGUCACUCGGCCACCUCCGUCUGAUGCCAGCUCCGGGAACACGUGGUCGGCGAGCUCCUUGAAUAGGACAUUUCCCGUUUCCCAAGAGCCCACGCCGAACUUCUGGAGGCAGCUCUUAGGACAAAAGGGCCGAACACGAAGAAGUUUUCCAUCUCAUUACAUAAACCUGGCCUGAGGAUGACUAAAGCGAGGAUGUGCAACAACAAAUGUCAUCUGAUCCGCACGGAAAGAUCCAACGCCGACCGAAACCAGCCAUGGGACGAGCCUGAUUUAUUCUGUCAGCCUGUGCCUUGAACUGCUGAUUGCAUCGUGCUUCCAGAAAACGCUUUGAAAAAGUCUUUUGCUGACACCGGAGCCAAGCUGUGCAGCCCUGGCAGAGGAAGCACACAUGUUGGUACACAUGCACGGCUCACACCCAGCCCGCCUGCCUCCCUCGGAGCUCAAGAGCCCUGUGCACGUGGAGCCCGGAGGAGAGACAGGGCUGGGUCUCAGGCUGGGGAAAAGCAGGGAUGGAAACACCGUGUGCCACUUGGGCAAACUCCCUGUGGCUUCCCCACGCACCGAGGUAUUGCCGGCUCCCUCCAGCAAGAGAAAAGGCGUCUCAGGGGCAGGAAAGGUUGUUUCCAGCAGCUGCCGGUUCUUUCCUUCCCGCUCACCCUGCGAGGGACGGGGCUGCCUGGAAGGCAGCACCUUGUACUUCCCUCUGUGCCCUGUCCAGACCACAAAGCCACUCUCACGCUUGCUAACGGAGGCGUUCAGAGAACAUGCCUAGCUGGGUCUUAACACCUUGGCAGGUGGCUCCUCACCUCGUGGUGAGACUGCAGUUCUCACACUACGGCUCGGGGCGGGGGGGGGGGCAAAACAGCAGGAGGGCUCCGGGUCUGCAGAGGGGGCUGGAUUAGAUGUACCGGUAGGCAUCCUGCCUGCCUUGUGUGCUGCGGGACCUGUUAAUGCUCGGCUCGAGCAUUUAAUGUCUUCAGCCCUGUUUCCCCAGCCCGGUGCCCAGCAGGCAGCAGUUGUCCUCAGCCUGAGCAGUCUCCACGCCUGGGACGAGAAGCGGCGAAAAGCCCCAGAGACCGCAGUGCACAGGAUACAGAGCGGAUUAAAAUCUGGUCAACAGAGGUCUUAAAAUGUCAGCGUAAACACGAGGGCAGUCCUGGCGGGGCCCAUGGGGAAGCUCACUUGGGCUUAACAAUAGGCUCGGUGACCUGGACAAAGAAAACCUCUGCUGAUAAAGCUGCAGAUUAGCCACUGGCUCCUGCUCUCCCCAUCUUCGAAGAGCACAAUUCAUCGACACAGAAUACUGAGGCUGCUCGGUCACCUAGCAAGCACCAUGCGUUUAACACAGCCAAAACCCAACGUGAUGCCUCCAGAAGCAGAGGCUGCGGGCUGCAGGUGGGAGCCACACACCGAGGCUGGGCAGCUACAGCUUAGGAGCACCGUGAGAAAGGCUCACGGGACCCCAAACACGCCGCGGGUCUCGCGCUGCACCUAUUUGCCCUAUGGAAGGAGAACGAGAGCAAGGGGGCUUGGGACACGUCCUCGUAUGGGGUCAGGGCAGCAGCAGAGGGCUUCCCAACCUACGGCACCGUUCGAUUAGUGGAAACCGAAACGAAACGACCUCAGAGCGGAAACGACGCACGCGUUCGAGAGCGACUGAAACCAGCUCCUGCGGCAGCUCGAUGAGUUCUCAACCUCCCGAAACCGAGGCUUGGUGCUUUCUGCAAGAUCUGCUCCUGUUCCCUCGGCCAGUUCCCCGUGGUUGCCCGAGGGAGAAGAGGCAGAGAUGCUCGGCCAGCAGCUGGGGGCUCUGGGGGCUCUCCUGCUGCCAGCCGGCACCCGGGGCUCUCCGGCGUUGGCUUCCUCGCUCCCAGGGCUGCCGCACGCCACCGUGGGGCUUUCUCUUUGAAUUUGGGCUUUCUGACCUGCCCGUUCUCCCCAGGAGCUCCUCGACGUUCAAAGCACCUCGCUGACAGACAGGCAGGUGUGCCGGUGACAGCGGCCACCUCCCCGAAGCCGGCAGGGGGAGAGCGGCCCCCCAGCCGCAGCCCCAGGCAGGGCACGGGGGAGUACUGCGAGCCCAGCUGCGACAUUUCCUUUCACCUCUACCUGUACAGCUGUUUCCUACAGGGCUGCAGCCCUCGAGUGAGAUGCGUGAGGCUUCUGUAGGUGCUUGGGAACAAGACGGAACAGAAAACUGCUUCACACCUGGCCCCGAAAUUACAGCACGCUGGAGCGGGGCCAGCAUCAGCUGGCAGAGUACCAGUUGCAAUGGACAUCAAUUACGGGGCCUGUCAUCCUCAGACUGCAGGCUUUGCUUUUUGCAAUCUGCAUCGCUCCCUAAGCCUUCAGCAGCACCAGCGCUGGAGUUUUCCAGAUGGGAUCAUUUCCCUCAGAUUCCACUCGCUAGAUUUAUUGCAGCCUUGUUUUUUGUUGUUUUUUUGUUGUUUUUUUUUUUAAACCCCCCCCCCCCUUUAAGAGCCUGAACUAUUAUUCCACAUUGCACAUUUCUCCAGGGCUGUAUUCAGUGUCCUCGUGCUUGUUUGCAGCGCGUUCCCUUCACCUUCAUCUGGGGAAAGACAGCUUUAAAAAACAGGCUCAAAACUCUUGCUGCUUAAAGAGCGAUCAGCAAGCGAGCCCCAACGCCAAGUGACCGGAUCGUGCCCUGCACAGCUCCAGCAGAUGCAGCAGCAGUCACUGGGGCAGCACUUUUCUAUAAAGGCACGCUUGAAAAAACAAUCACCAGCACAACAGGCACUGAAACACCUUCCACUGCCACCCCGCCUCAGUGACACGGACGCUGCUCGACAUCCCCAAGGAUGCGGCUCCAGGAAAUGCCAGGGAUGGACGAGGAGUUCAAGCAGGUGACAUUCCUGGUGGCACCGAACCCAGCCUCUCCUCCAUCACCCCUUCCAGCGCGGCCCCUAAUUUAGCCUAACUGCCCGUUACAAUCCAAAGGCAGCACGCGCAAGGGAAAGCGGAGGCCGGGAUGGAGCUCAGAUACCGCUCGCGGUGUAAAUGUCUCUGACCGUGCUGCCUCGGGGCUGCUCGUCUGGGAGCCGAGGCAGGCAGGAGUGGAAGGAGCUUUUCAGGGAUGACUCCUCCUCGGAUUCUCCUGCUCGGGGCUCCGGUCUCUGCUCACAGUUUCCCUUUUCCUCUCUGGACCAAGCUCCAGGCUGGAAGCUGUCGCUCUCAUGGGCUGAGCGCGUUCUCCUGCCAGCUGGAGGGGAGAUGCUCGAAGGCUAUGGAAUGGGAAUAUGGAAAGGAUGCCGAGCAAACAGCCACAUUUGCUCACUGGGGUUUUCUCUCAGCUUAUGAGGAGUUUGUGCUCCGAGUCCUGGUCUUGCUGCCUCUCCUCUUGCCUUGCAGAAAGCCCUCCAAAAAUCAUCGCAGAGCAGCCACUCCGACAUGGAUUGCAUCCCUGGCAUCCCAGGAGGCGCUCAGCCUUGGAAAGGACAAACCUCCUGGUUUUCAGAGGCAGGACAGAGCCCAGCCGCCCCGAUAGCUGCUCGCUCUGGACUUUUAAACCCGGGGCUCCCUUUCCAAGAAGCCUCAGACGUUACUACACAUUGCCAAGAGAUAUCUUAAAGUCUUAAGAAGACUGAAAUACUGUAAAUAAGUUAAGUGAGUAACAAGACAGGACUAAUUUUAGGCCAAGCCUACUAGGAGAGGAUCCUGAAUAGCUAACUCAAAGGCUGUUAGCUCACCAAAUGGUGGGGGAACUGGAGCGAAGGCAAAACGUGGACCAUCCACCUGGGCUGGAGGGAACAGAGGAAAGAGAUUUGUGUUUUCCGAGAAGAGGAAAGCUUGGCUUUGGGGCCAUCUGCACUGACAGGUGAGUAGUGCAAAGAGCAGGAGGCAAGAACUCGUGCAACAAGAACCACACCAAGCGUGGAAAGCUGACCGGCUCGCCCUGGAGCUGCCCAGGACCCAGUGCCCAGGGCUGAUACAGCACGAUACCGCCCGUGUUUUUUCAGAGCCUCCCAAUCCAGGGCUUUGGUUUGCCCGCUGAGACGAGGCAGGGCUCGGGCUAGCAGCGUGGUGAGUGUCUGAGACAGCCCACUCCACACACAAGUGUGCACACGAGGGGGAAAAAAAAAAAAAAAGGGCCUUUCUGUUUCAGAGGAGGGAACCACAGUGACUAGCCCUAUAAGCAUAUGUAUUAAUCAUGCACCGUCUGGUUUUAAUCCACACACUGCUGAUCCUGCGUCUCACUGUAUUGUUAUCAGGGGAAGGAGUAUUUCUCCUCAAUCUUAUUCACCAGCCAAAAGCCUGAAAAUGCAAAAAACACAUUUGUGAAGUGCCUUCCCAAGGACCCUGGGCCCCGGACCUGGUGAGCUGGGGCUGCUGCCUUUUUAUUGGCGUUUAAAAACCUUUUAUUAACGUGUGUCAGGGCUGGGGGAGGAGAGAGAGGCUCGGAUUUCAGGACCCCCCAUGCAGAGAGGUUUAUUGUGGGAAGGGACAUUAACACUUUCUCCUCCGUGUCUCCCUGGCUGGGACACGUGGCAGAGCGUGCCCUGCAGGGUGCAGGGGUGCCUGUGGGCCGGGCAGGUCUCAGGUGGGGAUGCCAAGCCCAGGUGGAGCUUGCAGGGAUGCACACAAGGAGCGCUGACAACAAGGACAAGGACCUCCCUGCUCUGCAGCCCUCUUCCAGCCUCGCCACCAGCUCCACGGGGCAGGAUGCUCGUGAGACACCAGCAGGAGAGCUGAGGAAAGCAGGACGUGCCCCAGCUUCCCAGGAACGUGGCAAUUAGUGCAGAAAAACAGACCCCCACGCAUCUCAGAUGCACCACCACCAGGACUUGCUUUAACCUCGACGCAACCGAGUGUUUUCCAUUAAGAGCCCCCUUCAGCAGCACCACGCACCGCCUGGUCAACCCCCAGUCGUCACCUUCCCUCUCCCUGCAGCCUCACUCAGCCCUGCCGCUGCUCCCUGCUCUCACCCCGGGUCCGACGCUGGCUGAGCCGGAGGUCUUUUACCCCAGGCUCCCAUCCCUGGCAGCGUUUCCUUCGGCUGCGAGCGCUGCAGACGGUCUGACAGCCCAGGCACCAGGCUGCAUAGUUUGCCGUUGACUGGUACGUUCGGUGGUGUUCCAUCACACAAGCUGCAGUGGCUAUCUGCCCAACAUACGCCCAGGAAAACAUCACCAAGUUAUGUUCACCCCGGAGCCAGCUUUUGUUGGUUACAGCUUCAAUGACAGUGCAGGAGACGAUGGGAAGCUCGAAGCAUCACACUGGCUCCAGCAGGAAUCCUGACACACAGCUUCAUGGCAACGAACGGAGUCAGAACAUUUUCACUCAAAAUAAGAGCCAGGCCAAACGCUCAGAAACUUGCUGAGAAACUCUGGCUGAAUUCUGCACUCCAUCUGCUAAAUGGGUCACGGAAAACAAAAAGAAGGGGGAAGCGCAGUGUUUGUCCUUUAGAGCUCACAAAACAACCAUCCUCUUGGUGGAGCCAAUAACCCAACACCAUUUUAAGCCCAAUGCACUCCAGCUUUGCCUUUAAACAGAUUCCCUUCCUCUGAAUUUUUCCAAAAUCCAUUAAGAAACUAUAGUUUAAAAGCAUGGAGUAACCAUUUGGAGCAUCAGCACGCAAGGUGAGAUAUUAUCCUUGCUGCAGAGAGUGGAUGGGCCAUUCUCAGCCAUGCAAGUGAUAGGAAAGGCAUCACAGCGAGCUUCCCAGAGCCACUCUGGUGUACCGAAAUCCUCCCCCCAGCUCACGAGAAAUUCACAGGGUGCGGUACAAAGAGCAGUGCAUAGUCUGUGUGUCUCCAGCAAAGACCUGCCAUGAACAUAGGGUUGAAAACUGGGCCAAGCCUGAGACUGGGUGCAGAAGAAUAACUUGCUAAACAGCAGGGAAAAAUCAAUAUGGAAAAGAGAGCUCUUGCUGCACAGGAACACCAAUUCUCACCUCUUGCAGCCUGGUCAGUCAGCAGCCAACAAGGAGCACACAAGUGGGAAGGUUCCUGCAACACGACUGGAUGUGGUGAGUGCCGGACAGAGCUGUGCCACCGCAGUGCCUGCUCGGGGACACAGCUCGCCUCGUGCCACCGUGCUCAGCACGGACACAGCGUCCCUCCGCCGCCAGCAGCCCAGGUGCCUCUGCUGGGGAGUCAGAUUUGUUGGGCUCUGCGCACCGAAAGGAGGGCAGGGAGCAGAAUGGGGGACUAGGGACUGCACUUAAGGAUCCUCUGGUUGAGGUGAAUUGGGGUUUUCUUCGUAGGAAAGUGCCUUGGUGUAUGUUGCUCACAGUCACCCAUGAAAGGCGUACUGGUUCACGCCCCAGCCAUACCUUCCCAAUGCGUUCCACAACACGCCACUUCUGCACUGGCAAAUAAUUCACUUCGUUAACACGGCAGAAAGAGAAGAUUUGUGGAGCACGGCCGUCAUCUGACUGUAAUCACCCAGCUGCUGCCACUCCGGGCCCUUUCCGCGGUAUUACUGAAUCACACAGAAUGGGGCAGGGAGGUCCGGAGAGGUCACUUUGUCUCCUUUUCCAAGGCAGUUCGCUCCACCCAAGCUGUACCUAAGAGAGCCGCCCAGCCUGCUUUUAAAAGUCUCUUAACGCUGAAGAGAUUCUGCAGAAGCACUAAGGAGCCCGCUUUCGAGUGCUUAACUACCCUCAGAAAACUUCCCAAGAAUAAAAGUCUGGAGGAAUCGAGGGGGGAUGUUUGGCCUACUGCUGACCUUGUCCGAGGUCCUCUCCACGUAGCAGGGCUCCUGGGGGGCGACCAGCAGGGGAACGAAGCCCGAGAGCAGCCGAUCCUCUUCCAGGCUGAGCAGGGCAAGGUCGUCAUCUGGGUCCUUGUACAGGGGCACCUCCGACUGAUUCACCGUGGUCAGUACGUUGCAGAAGUCAGCCAGCGUCGCCCACACAUCUACUGAGACCCUGGGAGAACGAGGAGAGACGUGAGCAAUUCGGGGCUGGAAUGCGUUGGGAGUUGCCUGCAACGCUGCAGCGAAUACCAGAGAGAGCGUCCUGGGAGCCAGGCAGAACGAGCGGCCAUUAAUCAAAGCCCGGCACGUAAUCAGCACACAUGUAACGCAGAGUCGCCCACGUCCCGAAGCCAGCCCCGGACAGCACGCUGCAGAGGAGAAGAGGUCCUUCAAAGCCCUCUGCGCACAGACACCGGGAGCUGGGUUCAUUCACAAAGCUCCAUCGCUUGGCUCAGCCAGGUCUGGCUGUCAGAAAUGUUUAAAUAUGGAAAAAAAUAAACAGUUGCAACACGUUUUUUUUUUUUUUUUUUUUUCUUUUUCGGAGGGAUCUGUCCGAGGCCCUUUGUGAUGUAAUGGGAAACGCUGCGUUUGUGCUACCAGCUGGAAAAUAAACAGAGCUGCGAGGGUUAAAAGGAACUGAACUUUCCACGACCCCUAUCUGCAAAAGAAGAAAAUAAUAAGAGGAAUGAUCCACUGCCCCACAGCCCUGAUAGUUUAUCCUCCGGCCCGGGCUGCAGAGACAAGCACCGGAUGCGAUAGGGCUGCUCUGGGCCACCUCCAAGGCGAGCUCUGCCCAGGGGAGAUGCGCAGGGGCAAGGAGGCUCAGCCGUCCCUCGGCGCCCUGCUGGCAGCGGGGCCGUGCUGCCUGAGCCCGGUCACAUCGCGCCAAAGGGGCCCCGAAGGAGCCGCCGAGGCUUCGGGCAGCGCUGGGAGGGAGGGAUGGGGAGGAAGGAGCGGCGCCGGGGACAGGCAGCGGUGCUGGGGAUGCUCCCAGGUGGCUAAGGGAGCCAGGUGCACGGGGCCAGGAUGGAGGAGAAAGGAAAGAAAU